CCAAAAUAUAAUUCAUAUUUAAGUCCACAACAAGUAAUUCUAAGCUGCUCAAGUUACAUGGUGACAGCUGUGCUCAGUGAGUUUCCAUCAAUGACUUGGGUAUGACGUCUGCUACACAUUUCCUCUCAGUCCAAAUUAAAAUGUCCUCACGAGUUCUUCAGCACAGUGCAGAGAACAGGAAUGAUUUAUCCAGACAUGGAAUCACUCAUAUCCUGAAUGCAGCUCACAGUAAACGUCAAGAAUGUCCUGACAUCUACCAGGGAAUGCAUAUCUCCUAUAUGGGCAUUGAGGCAAAUGACUCAUGUAACUUUGACAUGAGUGUGAACUUCCAGGCAGCUGCGGACUUUAUUCACAUGGCUCUUAGGAGGGGAGGUCAAGUUCUAGUGCAUUGUCAUGUAGGAGUGAGCCGUUCUGCCACUCUGGUCCUGGCGUACUUGAUGCUGAAGCAGAGGCUCACCCUCGUGGAGGCGAUAUGUGCUGUGAAAGAGAACAGGGGGGUCAUACCGAACAGAGGUUUCCUCCGACAACUUAUCCGUCUGGAUAGGCAACUUUUUGGCACACAUAACUGAAGUCAGAAACGGGGGUGCUGCCGUGGAUCUAGUUACCCAAGACAAAAAGUCACUUUCGACCUCCCACUUCAAUGCUGCAAAUUGAAAAUAUUAUUUUCUAGGGCCCCUUUCAAUCAAUGGUAUUUAGAAUCAUUUCAUUCAUCAUCACUUUUCUUCAACACUUCUAUGUUUGCAUCAUGCACCGUC